ACCUUUUUAGCUUGGAGCUGAUCAUCAUCUUACGAGAGUAUUUGGGCUGCAAAGGUAAAGCUUUUUCGGCAGCGGAAAGCCAGAUUUGCAGAAAUGGUGUCCAGAGAUCCCGAGUCCAGACCUCCAUCUACGAGAUGGCGAGCGUGUCUCCUCGGCCUGAUGCUGUGCGCGACCUCCGCCGGAGCCAGCGAGGAUAUGAAGUUGAGAGUAGUGAGAAUAAGCAAUGGCGUCAGAGAAACAGUUGGUCCUGAGAUCAAUCCCAUCAGUGUGUUUGUGAAUUCAACCAUCGAGUUGACCUGCUAUUGUCUGACUGAACCUCUAGCAUCAAACUCAUCUGCUGAGGUUCAAUUGCUACGCAAUGCAUUCUCCAUAGCAGAAGGAGACUGCGAUGGUUUGUUCCUGGUAGUUACUAUCUCAGUACCUGACGAUGGAGAAUACCAGUGCCGGGGAAAUAUACCAGGGAGUGCAAGUCCUCCUGUUGUCUCUGUCAUAAGAGAACUUGUUGUUCUUGACCCAGAUGCCCUGGUAAUGGUUCCUCCAGUUCAGUAUGCAGUCAGUGGCACCAGCCAUACUCUGCAGUGUGAGGUCGAGAAUCAAAAUGCCAUCAUCUACUGGAUGGAACCUGGAGUCCCGUUUGAUGACAAAGAGGCUGGGUCGUACGUCAUAGACGGUGCCACACUGGAGGACGAGGGAGAGUACACCUGUGUCGUGUACUUCUCCAAAGCCGACGUAUUUACCCAAAUGACUGUGCAGCUCUAUGUUGUUGUUCCUCCCUCCAUCACUCAUUCUCUGCCAACUGACCCGGUGAAUCGGAAUAGAAACGAACCGCUCUCCUUUACCAUUGAGUUCAACAGUCGUUUCGAGGCCAACACCACCGUGACCUGGUUCCAUGACAAUGACGUCAUCAGGAAUGGAAUCACGACCCAGUUCACCUCAGAGUACGAAGGUCGCUCCACACUGGACCUGGGCAUCGUAUCCCGUAGCGACAGAGGCUCCUACAGAGUCGAAGUAUAUAACAACUUCUCCAACAUCUCUGAGACCCAGAGAAAAGUCAGAAGCUCAGUGGAUCUUUCAGUGACGAUUUCUCCAGUGGAGCCCACAGAGGUGAAGGCGCAGAACCUCUCUCCCAACAAAGUCCAGUUGAGUUGGGCUCUCCCCUACACCCACAACGACCAACAGCCGUCCUCCAUCACCAUUCUCCUCACCAACCUCACCGAUAGCUCCCUCAUCGAGACCACUCUCCCUGGCUCUCCGACCAACCUCGUUCUGGAUGUGGUGCCAGGGACGAGGUACAGGGCCGUCCUCAUUGCCAACAACGAGGACGGAGAAAUGUCGACUCUGCCUAUUCGUUUCAGAGCCACCCCAGCACCACCCAAAGUGACAUCAGUCGUCAGUCACAGACUCAAUAUGACAUCAUUCAACAUCUCUGUCACCAUGGACUACACCGGUGGUGAAACCAUCUCUCACUUCGAUGUAAAGUUCCGCCCGAGAAACUCUUCGCAGUGGAGCAACGGACAAAAGGUCAAAGUUCAAGAUGGUGGCAGAAUGGAAAUGGGGCUACUGUGGUAUGGAAUUGUGACCAACUACAGUCUUGGGAAGCCAUCUGAGCUGUCAGUGGAGGUCGUUAACGAUGCUAAUGAGAGGAGCAGCUCACUCACAAAGGCAGAGGUUCUUGCUCCCCUGAGUGCACCAUCCACACCAGCCCUCCUCUCCUCUUCCCACGACUCGCUCACCCUCUCCUUCCACCUCCCCAGCGAGGGAACCCCUCCCGUUCUCCACAUAAUUGUCAACUUCUCCUCCCCGUCCCACUUCCAGUGGGAGUGUCGUGGGGUGGAGGACCGAGCCCUGGGAGACCAGCUGGACUGCACAGUCCCCAGACUCACCUCCGACACCCAGUACACUCUGGCCGUGUUUGGUCUCGGACAUGCCGGGAGGGGAAACACCAGUCAGGAAGUCAGCUUCUCCACAACCUCGGUGGACAAUUCUCUACCAACCUGGGUGAUUGUGGUGGUAACGCUAGUAAUUGCCAUGACGGUGCUCAUAGUGCUCCUAGCAGCCAUCCUCGUCCUUAUACACUGUUGUAAACUACGCCAGAAGAAGAGAAAAUACAAGUUUAAUAGAAGAGCUACUCUGGGUCAGACAGCUCCUAAGCCACUGGAGCCUUCGCACGCAAUACUCAACCGCAAUCCACCGGCACACAUGGGCAUAUCACGACUCUCGGAAAUGGCCCCUCCCCCAAUCUCCCCUCCCUCCACUGUCACUCCUCCCCUAUGCCGCUCCACACCCAGCACCACCGUCACUUUCAAGUUUGAGACAGCCAGUGGUAGCAGCUGCAGCAACCUCGAUUCAGAUAUCUCUGACGUUCACUCGCCAUCCUACAGCUACAGAGUUACUCCUCCUCCUCCUCCUUCCACCUGCCCUUCUACCAUCCAGUCCCAGCAAUCCUACCACUCCCUGGGACGGAGCUCUCACACUCACCAGAGCCUUCACAGCACCCGCGACAGCCUCUCCAGCUACCCUCCGGCCCCCGCCCACUGCGCCACUAACGUCUGACUCUUCCCACUGCCCCUUCGUUUGUAUCUCAUCUUCUCUUCAGCUGCUCAGCAGUCAUGUACUACAUCUCUACACACAUGCGUACAACACAGACACACACUCACUCACACUACAGCUGGAGUUACAGCAGCCUCCCACAAUGGAACGCACUGAAUAUCCACUCACAUAUGGAAACCCCCAAUCUCGUCUGUCCUCCAGUGUCGUAAUAAACUCAUCAAUGUUUGGCAGAGUAUCUUCGUCAUCCAUGCCCUCGGAGUCUGCAUGCUCCAGUCUCCGCCUCACCUUUUCAACCUCCAAGAAACACCCAUACUCCACCACACCCAACUAGGAUCUGAACUCUGUGAAAACGUCUAUUUUUUCCAAAGAUAACACAGAUAGUUUUUUUUCAAUUCGUUAGGUUUUUACACCACCAAGGAUUAUGUCAUCACUUCCAAAUCCCCUAGAUCUCUUAAAAUUGGCUUUAGCCCUGCAACUUAGUUUUACUUUCCUUUUUUUUCGCUGUAUUUUGUCAUUUUCGUUCCUCCCGUUUUACGUAAGAAAUACAACGUGGGCGCGCAGUGAGUCUAGCUCCUCCCCCCCCGUGCCGCGCGAGAUUAUAAACGCC